AUGCCGGCCCCCUGCUCUGCCUGCGGCGCCAGCCCGGCUGCCCUGCGGCGCCCCAAGACGGGCCACGCCCUGUGCCGCGCCUGCUUCCUGGCGGCCUUCGAGGAGGAGACGCACCAGGCCAUCGUGGCCGGGCGGCUCUUCCGGCCCGGCGAGACCGUGGCCAUCGGUGCCUCGGGCGGCAAGGACUCCACGGUGCUGGCCCACCUGCUGCAGCUCCUUGACCAGCGCCACGGCUACGGCCUGCGCCUGCUGCUGCUCUCCGUGGACGAGGGCAUCGCCGGCUACCGCGACGCCUCCCUGGCCGCCGUGCGCCGCCACCAGCGCCGCUCCGGCCUGCCCCUGCACGUGGUCUCCUACUGCCAGCUCUAUGGCUGGAGCAUGGACCGCAUCGCCCGCCACCUCGGCCCCCGCAAUAACUGCACCUUCUGCGGCGUCUUCCGGCGCCAGGCCCUCGACCGGGGCGCCCUGCUGAUGGGUGCCGACAAGAUCGCCACAGGGCACAACGCGGACGACGUGGCUGAGACGGUGCUGAUGAACUUCCUGCGGGGCGACGUGGGUCGGCUGCGCCGGGGGGCGGGAACAGGGCCGGCAGGCGGGGAGGGGGCCGUGCCCCGCUGCAAGCCCCUGCGCCACGCCUACGAGAAGGAGAUCGUCCUCUACGCCUACUUCCAGGGUCUGGACUACUUCAGCACCGAGUGUGUCUAUGCCCCCCAGGCCUACCGCGGCUACGCCCGUGCCCUGCUCAAGGACCUGGAGGCCGCCCGGCCCAGUGCCGUGGCCGACCUGGGCCACUCGGGCGAGCGGCUCUCGCUGCGCUCCGACCUCCGCAUGCCGGCCCGCGGCACCUGCCAGCGCUGUGGCUACGUGGCCAGCCAGCCCCUGUGCAAGGCUUGCGUCCUGCUGGAGGGGCUCGACCGCGGCCUGCCCAAGCUGGGCAUCGGCAAGCACCGGCGCCUGCGGGACAAGCUGCGGGAUGGGCAGCCCCUCACCCAGGAGGAGCGCAGGCGUCUGGGGGCUCCGGCCGAGGGGGAGCCGCCGGAGGAGCAGGAACCUCGGGGGGAGCUGGGGACAGACGAGGAGCCGUGGGGCAGACGGGAGUUGAGGGGCCCACAGGACCUGGACUUCUGAAGUGGUGUGGGGCGUGCCACUGAGACCAGCCAUGCUCCUGUCCACAGCCCCACUCGGGGGCCGGGGGGGAGUGGGAUCCAAUGGGAUACAACGGGGGAGAUGGGAGCCAGGACUCCUGCGUUCUCUUCCUGGCUCUGGGAGGGGAG